AUGCCCGCGAAUGCCGACAAGUCCAGGCAGACCUCGGCCGGAAAAAGCUUUUUUGGGAGGAAACUGUACAAAGACAAGGGACCGGAUGAUCGCUAUGAUGGGUAUGGAGGAUCCUACGACAGUCUGGCCCCGCCGGGCAGCGCCGCCGGCUCUCGCUCGUCCCGCUAUUCAAAGCGCUCUUCAAUCCAGUCGGUCGACAUGACCCAUGAUUUAGACCCAAGUAUCAUCUCGUCCACUGCUGGUGUCAUCACUUCUAUCCCCUUCGAAAGUCUUCCCUCCGACACGAGAACGCCCAUCCCUAUCGACAACACAGCCCGACCUGAGUCCCGUCAGGAACCCUCACCCAACCAUAUUGGCAAGACUGGCGGCGAUUAUCAUCAAUACCCGGUAUGGGCCUCUACUUCUGCGCCAAAUGGCUCGUCCUCGCACCCUUCCGGCCCUCGUCCGCCUCCACAUGGGUCGAACACGACUAUGACAAGCAGUGCGUCAGGCGAUCGCGGGGCCAGAUAUCAGCAAUGGGGUCGCCCAGGCAGCUCGAAUGCCAAUAACGGCAUGGGCCACAACUCGUCCAUUGAUUCUUCGUCAAAUUCCCGAACGUCACUCGAUCAGGCCAGCUUAUAUUCAUCUCAUUCUUCUAAUACCCGCGGCUCCACCUACUUUUCUAAUUCCGAUGGCUCUGGCCGCACGCUCACGCCGUCGCAUUCAAGUGAUCGCAAUGCAAUUGCUCCCAGUGGAAGUGCUGGCCGAUUGUCUAAUGCACAAUCUGCUUGGCAAGCUUCGCAAGCCUCACAGAAUAUUCCCGCAGCCGUGCCCCGGCCAUCUGAUCAGUACCUGACUCGGCCAAGAGACGAUCGUAUAGUCGACCAGCUGUUUCUGGAAUUGAUGAAUAAACGAGGCUGGCAAAAUCUUCCUGAACAGGCCAAGCGGCAAAUGCUGUCUUAUCCUGCCUCGAAAAAGUGGACCUUGGUUCAUCAGGAUCGAUUGACGGAGUUGCAGGGAGAACAAAAGAGAAGGCAAAAUGCCCGUCAAACUCACGGCCAUGAUGGGCUGUCGGGGCUGUUGGAACGUGCCGAUGAAGAAGGAAGCCCGGAGUGGUAUGUGAAGAAGGUUAUGGACGACACAAUUACUUCCAAACAGCUUGCAAGUUUGAGUGUCAGCCUGCGAACCCAACCGAUCAGCUGGGUGAAAGCUUUCGUUGAAGCUCAGGGUCAAGUAGCUUUGACAAAUGUCCUCCAAAAAAUCAAUCGACGAAAAGCAUCUGGCCCAGUUCCAGCUCCCCCGACGGGCGACAAGGAUCUUGAUCGAGAAUACGAUAUCGCCAAAUGUUUGAAGGGUCUCAUGAACAACAAGUAUGGUGCGGAUGAUGCACUUGUACACCAGGGUGUGCUUGUUGCCCUUGUCAGCUCUCUAUCAUCCCCUCGCCUCAACACCCGGAAGCUUGUUAGCGAAGUCCUAACCUUCCUGUCCCACUGGGCCGAUGGAGAAGGCCACCAAAAAGUUCUUCAGGCCAUGGACAAGGUCAAGCACGAUCACAACGAAACCGGCCGCUUCGAUGCCUGGAUGCGAAUCGUCGAGGUCACCAUCGAUGGCCGUGGUAAAAUGGGAAGUUUGGUCGGCGCCAGUGAGGAGUACCGCAGUGGAGGCAUUGGCAUGGAAAAUCUCCUGAUGGAAUAUGCUGUCUCGACGAUGAUGCUCAUCAAUAUGCUGGUGGAUGGUGCUGAGACUGACCUGCAAUUGCGAUGUCAUAUUCGUGCCCAAUUCACGUCAUGUGGAAUCGUACGUCUUUUGACGAAGAUGGAAGGUUUCCAAUAUGAGGCAAUCGACAAGCAGAUCGAACGCUUCCGUGAAAAUGAGGCUAUCGACUAUGAAGAUUUGCUCCAACGGGAGGGGAGCAGUAUGAAGGAUAGCGUUGAGGGCGAGGUCAAGGACAUGAGCGACCCUCUUCAGAUUGCGGAUGCCAUCGCGACAAAGAUCAAUGGCACUCGGUCUCAUGACUACUUCUUGUCGGCUAUGCAGCAUAUGCUUCUUAUCCGGGAGAAUUCUGGUGAAGAGGGUAUGCGCAUGUUCCAGCUUGUAGAUGCCAUGAUGAGCUAUGUUGCUAUGGAUCGCAGGCUUCCCGACCUUGACCUACGCCAGGGACUGAAUUUCACUGUGCAAAGCCUUUUAGAUCGACUCCACACGGAUGCUGAGGCAAGGCGAGUGUAUGAUGAGUCGCUGGAGGCUCGCCAAAUCGCCGAGGCAGCCAUUGCCGAGCGAGAUGAGAUGAGAGCUCAGGUAGAGCUUGGUGCUGAUGGUCUCGUCAAGAAAUUGCAGAAGCAGAUUGAGGAGCAAACCAGUAUUAUUGAGCUUCAAACACGCCAAAACGAGUCCAUGAAAGCCGAAGUUGGCGAGAUUCAGCGGCUACGUGCCCAAGAGUUGCAACGCAAUGAACUAGAGACUCGAGAGCUUUAUCUGAUGCUUCGGGAUGCCCAAGACAUCGCUGCGGCAAACGCUCGAAAGCUUAACCAGACAGGCGAGGCUGAUCCAUCACAAAUGCCCGGAAUUAUGGAUCGGGAACGUCUCAUGGAACGCCUGGAGCGCCAGCUGGAGAGGACCAAGACUCAGUUCAAGCUUGAGGGCAAGGUUUGGGGUCAACUUGAACACGGCCCGUCGGACCGACUGCGUGAGCUACGCGAGCGGAUGGAUGGCAAUACGGAUGCUAGCGAGGAAUUCGCCGAGCAAACCCGUCGCACUAUGGACUCGGGCUCCUUGGGGUCUGUCUACCGCAAGCGAAGCCAUGUGCCUGAGAUGGAUCAGUAUCCCGAUGGUGCAGUGCCAACCAUCGUGGAGGAGGGUGACGAGGCAGCACACGACCAGUCUCGUGGUACCAUAGGUUUCCAGAGACGUCUGAACCCUGCACAGGCAACCGGUUUACUGGGCGAACUAGCUCUCAAGGUGCCCAAGUACGACGAGGAUCCCGAGGGAACCGGUACUGCAGACAUCGAAGAUGCUGCCGCUGGAGAUAUCACCCCAACAGAAGCACCCAAGGCCGAAGACAAGGCGGAAUCGGACAAAAAGGCAAUGCCCCCGCCUCCACCACCACCACCUCCCCCUGGUGGCGCAGCAAUUGCAAUUCCUCCACCUCCACCACCCCCAGGAGGCAGUCCUAUACCACCUCCACCUCCGCCCGGUGGUGCAAAGGGAAUUUCAGUCCCGCCGCCGCCUCCUCCCGGUGAGGUGCAUCCGGCAUUCCUCCUCCACCUCCUCCGGGGGGUUUCUCUGGACUUCCUCCUCCCCCUCCCCCAGGAGGGGCCAUUCGUGGACCCCCUCCUCCACCUCCUCCAGGAGGGGCUAUCGGUGGACCACCGCCGCCUCCCCCCGGCUCCUGGAGCCAAAGGCUUUGCGCCUCCCCCUCCUCCACCACCCAGUGCUCCUCUGGGUGCUGGUUGGAGGCCCAACUAUAUGGCCGGGGACUCUGUUCCUGGUACCACUCAUAUGCCAUUUAUUCGUCCUAAGAAGAAGCUCAAGGCUUUGCACUGGGACAAGGUGGAUACUCCCCAAGUGACUGUUUGGGCUGGCCACGCCCCAACCGCCGAGGACAAAGAAGAGAAGUAUACCGAUCUAGCGAAGAAAGGUGUACUGGACGAGGUUGAGCGGCUGUUCAUGGCGAAAGAAACCAAGAUCUUCGGGGCCAGCACUGCAGCCAAGAAACGCAAGGACAAGAAACAGAUUAUUUCCAAUGACCUGUCAAAGAAUUUCCAGAUCGCUCUUUCGAAAUUUUCCCAAUUUCCUCCCGAUGAUGUGGUUCGCAUGAUUAUCCAUUGUGACAAAGACAUUUUGGAUAACAUGGUCGUCAUGGAUUUCUUGCAAAGAGAAGAGAUGUGCAGUAUUCCGGAGAACGUUUCAAAGUUGAUGGCGCCGUAUAGUCGGGACUGGACUGUCCCGGGUGCUACCAGUUCUGAGCGGGAGCAAGAUCCUACUGAACUCACUCGUGAGGACCAGAUCUAUCUGGCCACCUCCUACGAGCUGAACCACUAUUGGAAAGCGAGAAUGCGAGCUCUUGCGCUGACUCGAUCCUUCGAGCACGAGUAUGAAUACAUCUCGAGUAGGCUGCAGGAUGUUGUCAAUGCCAGCGAAUCUUUGCGGGACUCCGUUGCUCUGAUGAACGUUCUUGGUCUCAUCUUGGAUAUUGGAAAUUUCAUGAACGACGCCAACAAGCAGGCUCAGGGUUUCAAGCUUAGCUCACUCGCUCGCUUGGGUAUGGUCAAGGAUGACAAGAAUGAAACGACUUUUGCAGACCUGGUGGAACGUAUUGUUCGCAACCAGUAUCCCGAGUGGGAAAGCUUCUUCGAGGAAAUCAGCGGUGUGGUUGGCCUUCAGAAGAUCAGCGUGGACCAACUGUGCACCGAUGCCAAGAAGUACAUCAGCAAUAUCAAGAACGUUCAAUCUAGUUUGGAUGCGGGCAACCUGAGCGACCCGAAGAAGUUCCAUCCCCAGGACCGCGUCAGCCAGGUUGUUCAGCGAAGCAUGAAGGACGCUCGCCGCAAGGCUGAACAAAUGCAGAUCUACCUAGACGAGAUGGUCAAAUCCUAUGAUGAUAUCAUGGUCUUCUACGGCGAGGACAACACCGACGAAAACGCCCGCCGAGACUUCUUCGCUAAACUGGCUUCGUUCUUGCUUGAAUGGAAGAAAUCGCGAGAGAAAAACAUUGGUCUCGAGGAGGCUCGGAAGCGCACCGAAGCGUCUCUCGCUCGCAAGCGGAUCAAUGUCAAUCUUGCCAAUGGCGCUGCCCCCGCCGAAAUCCCGAACUCCCCCGCCACAAGUGGCGCGAUGGACUCGUUGCUGGAGAAGUUGCGUGCCGCUGCGCCUCAAGCCAAAGAUCAGCGCGAUCGUCGCCGCCGUGCUCGUCUCAAGGAACGUCACCAAGUUCGUGUGGCUUCGGGCCAACACCCGCCCAGCGCAUCUGGUGCCGAUGAAGGCGAUGCGUCCCCUGAUCAGCCCGCUGAUGGCGAGGCCAAGACUGAUGAAAAUGGUCUUUUGAGCCCUCCGGUAGUCGAGGGAGAAGAGGGCGCCAAGGACGCCCAGGUCUCCGAAGGCGAAGACGUUGCAGACCGGGCGGCUAGCAUGCUCAUGGGGCUGAGAAGCAACUCUGAUGCCAGUGGCGAACGCCAACGACGACGAAGAGAGAGUGCCGAUGAGGAACGGCGCAACCGUCGCAUGCGACGACGUAACGGAGCUACGACUGGAAGCAAAGACAGUGCGGACAGUGGUCUACCGCCAGUCCCUGAACCUUCAUCUCCCUCCCAGACAGAUUCCAUCGGCCCUGAAGAUCCCUUACCAAGCCCUCCCGCCGAACCGCCUUCUAUUGUGGUUUCGGAGCAGCAUGAACCGUCAUCACCAGAACCGCAUGAUGGUUCCCCCGAACACCCGAUUGAAUUAUCGGAUUGA